UUAAAGCUGGAGUGUGGUAAGAGACUGAAUGACAUUUCUCACAGGUCUCCAACCACAUCAAUUGCUCACCUGAACUCCAUUCACUAUGGGCAUUCCACUGAACCUGGGUACUCUGGUCCUAAUGCUCAACUUCUACAGCGAAGUGCAUGCAGGGCGCAUCUAUGGGGGCAAGGAGGCCGUGCCUUACAGCAGACCCUACAUGGUCCUCCUGGAGAGGGCUACCACCAACAUCCUGAAGCCCAAAAACUGUGGUGGCUUUCUAGUGAGAGAGGACUUUGUGAUGACUGCUGCCCACUGCAAUGGGAGAUCCAUUAAGGUCAAGCUGGGAGUCCACAACGUGCACCAGGAAAGCGCUCAAGAAAUGUUUGUGAAACAGGCAUUUCCACAUCCACAUUAUGAUAAUGAAGAACAUUAUAAUGAUAUUAUGCUACUCAAGCUGGAGAAGAAUGUACUUUUCACCGACCGUGUGAGACCCAUUGGCCUCCCGCAGACAGAAGAUGAGGAGGUGCCCAAGGACUGUCUGGUGUCAGGCUGGGGCUUCAAUAUCAGGGGAGUAAAGAAAGGAUCCUCUGUGCUACUGGACCUCAACGUGACACUGGAUGACAGUCAAGUAUGCUCAGACAACCAUGCGUUCUGCUCUUCAGGACUAAAUGGACCUGGUCAGGGAGACUCCGGUAGUCCAUUGGUCUGUAACGGUGUGGCCUAUGGGGUGGUGUCCUGCUCUAUGGAAAAACUCCACAUUUACACACGCAUCCCUGACUACCUGGACUGGAUCACCAACACCAUGAAUAAUUGAUACGACACUGAGCAGAAACCUCUACAGUUUGUUCAUUUGGCCACCCAGGUCCCUAGAAGCAUGAUUAUGAUACUGCAGAAUCUGACUGUGUUUAUGAUGCUUUCUGAUUGAUUUAACAGUGCUGUUUAAUGUCUGUGUGCCUACAUGCAGUAAGCCAAAGAUUGUUAUUAUAACCUUCUUGUUCUGUGUUGAAGCCUCUGAAUUUCCAUCUGUCAAACAAUGCUUUCAAGUCCUGUUCUGUGCUGCAGCUGUUUUAAAUCUUAAAUUAUGAAUUGUGGGAUUAAGUAGAGAGUUGAUGUUAUUGAACACAUUUAUUUUGUGAAUAUCAAUAUGAGCAAACUGAGAAGAGGUGCUUUGAUCAAGUUGUCCCUUCAACAGUGAGGCAAUCACAUUAUUUCUGGCAGAUGCUUACUGCAUUUUGGAGUAGGCUAUAUUGAAAAUAUAUAUGAGCAGUAAAAGACAUUGAGCAUACCAAAAAUCUUAACAAGACUGCCCCCUUGUGCACAUCUGAAUAACAUACAGUCCAUGUAAAAUACAAGGCCAAGUGCAGUCCAAAACGUGAUUUCCUAUGUUUUAUAUAUAUUUCCACACUAUGAGAUUGGAAUAAUACUGUGAAAUUGUGAAAAUUAUGAUAAUGCCCUUUUAGUGUGAGAGCUGUUUGAAAAGGCUGCCUGAAAUUUCAGCCUGCCUGGUGACAUCAGUUAGUAAAUAGAUCCAUAAGAAAGAGUUCCAAACCUCUCUGCCAAUAAUAGCUAGUUUUCAGUUUUCCCCUCCCCACUCAGACUCCCAGACAGUCCUAGUAAAAUUCUUGCUUGAGAAACUGUUAUUUGCUAAGAUGCUUUGUUAUUUUUUUUUACAAUUUUAGUUGAAAACAGGUACUUAAAGGGUAUCCACCACAAAUUCAUAUGAGUGUUAAAUAACACUAAUAUGUGAAAACAAUAUUUUUGGUUUACAAACGUUUCGUUUUGUCAUUAUAAUAAGCUUGGUAGCAACAUGUGAAAAUCAUUGUUGAAAUCGGUUGCAGCUGAAAUUGACUACAAAACCCACAAUGCAAUGCUCUCUCUCUGGGCUGUCUAGGUAGCUAGCUAGCAAACGUAUAAUACCAAAGUCAAUAUCAGCAUGUGAAUUAACUAGCUAGCUGUAAAAUCGCCUAAACUGCACUAUCAAUUUAAGAGUCUAUUUCACCGAAUUCAACUUGCAGCUAUCUCUGCCUAGAGCACUGAGGCACAAUAAAAAUGGCCCAGAGCAAGGGCAGAUGACGUUGAUAUGGCAACAAUGGCCUUUCCCAUGUUUCCCACAGACAUACAAGGCGCAUUGCGAGAUGGUAAUUGAAGGAGAAACUGAGUUGAAUAAUUGAUUGAGCACAUCUAAGCGAAAUAUAUACUUUGUCAUAAUGAUAUAAACGGAUGGAUGUGUUCUAGACACAUAUGCCCAUACCAUAUAUUGGCUGAUUUGGCGACCUGGAGUGCAGGUAAUUGUUUUAAAAGCUUUAUGAAAUGUGAUAGCAUGUUAUCCUCUAUUUCCAGUGAAGAGAACCAUGUACCUAUGACGCAUUCCUACACGAUUUCCUGAUUUCACAGAGUUUUCACAUAAACCUAACAGACAAGGUGUAUUACAUAUCGAAUACAUUUUCAAUUUGUCAAACACUUUUAUGGUGCGUAUUGCUUUUUUGCUUUUACAUUUACUGAUAAUUUCAAAAUAAUAUUUAAAUUCUAUCUUAUAUAAUGUGAAGAGGGGUUUGUUCUCUGCCCACUUCAUUUUAUGGAUAAAGAAUCUUCCAUGAAAAAUAAAUAAAUUAACAAUGAAAGUUAAAUCAGGGUCCAUAUCAUUUGGAUCAAAACAAAACAUAAUAUCAGAGUCUCUCAGAUUAACAUUAAUAGUCGUUUUUUUUCAAAUAAAAUCUUCUAACUCACUCCAGACUCUUCUGACAUAAGAACAGUCCCAAAAUAAAUGGUCAAGUUUCUGGGUCACAACCACAAAAUACAAAUUUGUUAUCAAUAGCUAUUUUGAAUAUGUGUAUAAUAAAGGUCUUUACAGGGUAGAUUCUAUGAAUGAGUUUGUAUGAUACUUCUUUCACCUUAUUAGAUGUAAUGGAAUGCAGCCCUAGGACAAGUGAACUGGAACAAAAUCUUGUCUGGCAAAUAUUGUAUAUCUAAUAAGGUGGAAUUUGAUACUCCUCAGGAGUAAAUGUAACAUUGUGUGUUCUCAUGAAUUCUGGAUAAUCAUAUAGAAUAAAAUCAUCAUUAUUCAA